CUGGCAGUUUGACAGUAGGACUACAAGCGGAUCCCAAGCUCCGCAUUCUUGUGAGUUUUGACAGUCAGUCACCGUGCGCAACGUCCCUGAAACAGUAUGGCGUCUGACGAGCUCGCGAAGAAGCUACAGUCGCGACUGGCCGCAUCGGAGGAAGCCGAGCCGAGGCCAGAGUCCGAGGAGAACCUCGUCACGGCCAAACCUCAAGACUCUGAGGCAGCUUGUGACGACUGUUCGUCCGAGCUGUCUGCAAAACUCCACCGACGGCUGGACAUAAACGAGGGCAACGCUCCCCCUCGGGCUAGCCGGGUCUUCAACCCCUACACGGAAUUCAAGGAGUUCUCCCGAAAGCAGAUUAAGGACAUGGAGGUGAUGUUUAAACGAUAUGACACUGGUAAAGAUGGCUUCAUUGACCUAAUGGAGCUCAAACUGAUGAUGGAGAAGCUGGGUGCUCCACAGACCCACCUGGGGCUCAAGAACAUGAUCAAGGAGGUGGAUGAGGACUUUGAUGGAAAACUGAGCUUUCGAGAGUUUUUGUUAAUCUUCCGAAGAGCAGCAGCUGGGGAGCUGCAAGAAGAAAGUGGUCUUCUGGCACUGGCCAGACUGUCUGAGAUCAACGUCUCCACUGAGGGAGUGAGUGGGGCAAAAGACUUUUUUGAAGCGAAGAUGCAGGCUCUGUCUGUGGGCAGCAAGUUUGAGGCUGAGAUCCGAGAGGAGAAGGAAGAACGCAAGAAACAGGAAGUGGAGAAAAAAGAGAGGCAAGCCGCCUUCAAACAGCUGCAGUCUGCUUUCUGCUCAUGACGCUGUGCAGGAAGUGAACGGAAAUCCUGAAAAUGCAUAUCCAAUAUUCGUCAGAUUUUAAAAGUACAUUCACAUUACUUACAUUCUUAAACAGUAAAGCUCAAAAUUUGCCACUUUAUAACAAAGUUAAACGCUCACUUAAAUAUAUG